AUGCACACCUUCGAACUAUCUCAGCCGCCCAUUCCUAAACAGGCACGCAACGGGCUACUGGGUAGCCUUUACGUCGUUUUAUUUAAGGCUAAGAUCAAUCUCUUGUUGCCUUUUGGUCCGAUGGCGAUCUUGCUUCAUUAUCUCACGCGGAAACAUGUAAGGGAUUCCAUCUGGUUAGUUCCUUGAUAUUGUCGCUGACUGUAAAAGUUCAAUGGUUGCCUUUUCUUUAACCAAAGAAAAAUUCAUUGGCAUCAAUCAAACCCCCGUCUAAUUCAUCAUUGUAAACGUUAAAAUACACAUUUUGAAGAUCAGUCUGUUUCUUCGCCAGUAACUAGGUCCUCAUCCUCGUUCAUUGUUAUCAGACUGGAUUCCCAACAGUAGGCAUUGUUUUGGGCGAGUGUCCUCCAAAAGUGAUUGGACGGCAUGAUCACCGUAGAUGUAGGAAAAAAGUAUUGUAACAAAGGCAACUUGGAGCCAGUUGUUUGGAUGACAAAAUUUCUUAUUGAACUAGUGUAACUGUCACAUGAUUUAGCUUUUAAUAUGAAUUCAUCUGAAUUGCAGGGCUGGGUAUUCGUCCUCAGCUUGAUAGGAAUAACUCCUCUGGCUGAGCGUUUAGGUUAUGCCACUGAGUAAGUGUCAUAAGAUAUGACAAUUCCUUCCCUUCUUUCCCAUUUUUAUCGUUUUUAAGCACAUUCUCCGUUGAAGAUCUGACAUGAUGCUAUAUCUGGGAUGCAGACAACUCGCGCACUUCACUGGUCCUACAGGUUCAUCUCAGCCUAGCGUUUUUAAAUCAAUUGAGAUAUAAUCAUGGAUAUCCUUUGCAAGUAUGUGGUUUAUUCCCCCCUUGAAUGUCAUAUACCAAUAAUAUAAUUUGGUGUGCCCCUGCCAGUUGGAGGACUUCUGAAUGCUACAUUUGGAAAUGCAACUGAAAUGAUAAUCUCAAUCUAUGCGUUGAAGAAGGGGAUGAUUCGUGUUGUUCAACAGUCUUUACUGGGGUCUAUCUUGUCGAACAUGCUCCUAGUUCUUGGGUGUGCUUUCUUUGCUGGAGGAAUUGUUCACUAUAGAAAAGUUCAGGUCUUCAACAAGGUAAUGUGGGCUCUACGCAAUCCAACUGUAUGUCCUAUUCUUGCAUCACAAAUACAAUAACACUCACUUCGUACAGGCAGCUGCUGUGGUCAAUUCAGGGCUACUAUUGAUGGCUGUCAUGGGUUUAAUGUUCCCAGCUGUUCUUCAUUUUACACGCUCAGAGGUUCAAUAUGGAAAAUCAGAGAUAUCUCUUUCAAGGUUUAGCAGCUGCAUCAUGCUAAUUGCUUAUGCUAGCUACCUACUGUUUCAACUAAAGAGCCAUCACAGCCUUUACAAUCCUAUUAAUGAUGUGAGUUCCCCCAUCUCAUGAGAAUACUAAUUGGGUAAUUAUUGGCUGUAAAGAAUGUACCUGUGUUUUCUUGGGCAAUGUACUCAAUUACUUAGUCAACACGUCUGUGACUACCAACGGCCUGCAACCUUUUGCUUCUCCUAAGGUGUUUAAAAUGUACAAACAUUCCCAUCAGAGAAAUGUUAGUGACAGACUAUGAUGCAAAAUAUUUCUUGGCUUGAGAAUCUUCAUUAUUCUUCCUUCUCUGAUGAUUUUUUUUUGCCGUCUGAAACUUGGAAGUAGCAUUAUAAAUAUAUCUGCUAGCAUAAGCUGAUGUAUAUGCUCUUUACUUGUUUUGUUCUGUUGAGGCAUCCCAUCUUUUUUUUUUUUAAUGUAUUUUUACUUGCAGUGGCCAUAAAGUGUCUAAUAAUGAUUCCUGUGCCUGUGGAUAAUGAUAGGAAGGACUUAACGAAAGUGUCUCUGAUGAAGAUGAGGAGCCAGAGAUAUCUCAGUGGGAAGCAAUAAUCUGGCUUGCUGUUUUGACGGCAUGGGUUUCAAUACUCUCUGGGUACCUAGUAGAUGCCAUACAGGUAUUUUCUUUCAUCUUCCCGAAUCUAGCCAUAGAUUCAUAUCUGUUAAUUGUUUUUGAAGAUGGGUUUUAGGUAUUCAAACCAUUGAUGGGGCUGAGAUUAGUUAGCCUUCUUGCGAGAAACAUCGAGGAACGUGCUACUUAAUCCAGUGUCAUACUCCUUUGUUUUCUUACUAGUCGACCCAUAGCCAAUACCAGAAUCGGGGAAACAAGAACUAGGAGGGCAGUAUACAUGAUUGGUUUAGAUGAUUGAUGGUUGAUUAAAACGUAUACGUCCCGCUUAGAUGAAACUGCUCAUGAACUAGGAAGCCUUAACCUGUUAUUGUUCAUAUCUUUGUUGUAUCGAGGAACUGUCAACUGGCCUUACACCUAGGCAAUAUUCGCUCUGCUGCUGUGACUUUGUAGCUGAGUUGUCAGGCAUGCACAAGAGCCUAGUUUUACAGAGCCUCGCUCUUGUAUCUUGCAAGGCAUCGUAUCAUGCAUGCUUUAUUUACUCGCUUAGGGACGUUAUCUUAACUAGAUUGCCGCAUAGAACCAUAAGUAACAUCAUUCUUCAUCGAACUCCGAUUUCUAUCUAACUAGUUAUAUGCUAUGGCCCUGAUCGCUUUCCAUAUAUAUCUAGAGCUUAGGGAAGACUGCAUAAAAUCGUUUACAUGUCAACGGGUACAUAAUGAACGUGUUCUGACUUAUUGAAUGAUUUUGAAAAGUAUGGAAAGAGAACAUCAAUGAGUUCAUUAAUCCAAGCAGUAAAUGACCUACAAGAAAAGGAAAGAAGGAUCAGAUCCAGACGUCUGCCUUUUUAGUCUUGCUUAUGUGGUGAUAAUAGGAAUUGCAAAACGGUAUUUAGAGAAAGUUAGCUUAGCGUCAUCUCCUAUUAAAUCGAAAUUGCUUGAUAAGUUGCAAUGUAACCUUGGGAAACCAAUUGAGUCUACUUCUAGUCGUCUUUUUGCCGUGACCAUUCCUGGAGAAAUGUCUUGAUUAUGUGCGUGGAUCAGUGCUCUGUAGCCAUUUGGUAGGAUGGGGAUCGGGAGAGGGAGGGAAGUAUUGUUGUCUCCAUUAGCCUAAGAUUGUCAAUGACAAAAGGUCUUUUUCUAGGAUUUCUUCGGGCUUAGACCUUGAAUAAAGAUGGAAUAUGGUAAUUUCUUUAUAGGGACUCUUGAUGUUUCGUAAGGAAUGGCCUGAGAGAGAGGAAACUUUGCCGGAAUUGAUUUUUAUGGGCAAAUCAUUAGCAUAUCAUUAUAUUUGGUUGCUGAACUCCUAGCCUUGAGAAUAACGCAUCACUUUUGUGGUGAAGGAAAUUAUAUUUCAAAUUACUAGCUUUGAUUUUGUUAUGAUCUAUGGUUAUAUUUUUGGGAAUGGUUACAGAUGAACUCUUUUCUACUCAGGGUGCUUCUGAUUCUAUGAACCUGCCGGUGGCAUUUAUUAGUGUUAUUUUGCUUCCUAUUGUUGGAAAUGCUGCUGAACAUGCAAGUGCGAUCAUGUUUGCUAUGAAGGAUAAGCUUGUAAGUGAUUGGAAUAUCAAUAAUCCAUGUAAUCUGUCAUCCUAUCUUUUGACUUCUCUAAAUAUCUCUCAUUUGUCUGAACUUGUUUCAAAAGGACAUCACAUUAGGGGUUGCGAUUGGAUCUUCUACUCAGAUAUCAAUGUUUGUGGUAAGCCACGAUCUUCUCUUUUGUUCUAAUGUGUUGCUAUAUGGAUGAUAUCGUAUUCUUAAUUCAACAUUGGUUAUCAGUAUUGGUUUGACUCUAACUGCUUCAUGUCGGAGAGACUUGCUUGGUGAAUAUGAAUUAAAUUACUGCAUAUAAUUGGAUAUAGUUGGAUAUAAAUUACUGCAUAUGAUUGGAUAUUAAAUUACUGCAUAUAAUUCAACAUUACUGCAUAUAAUUUAAAAAAGAUGCUUUUGUUGAAGCAUCCCGGUUUUCAAUUUACACUUCUGCACCAUUUCUAUGCUGGAACGAUUUUCACAAUGCUCAUUACUUGCACAACAGGUUGGAGAGUUAUUUUUUUUAACCGGAAAUAAUUUCGUUUUAAUGGUCGGGGGAAUUUUAUUUUGUUGUCUUUGCUGCAGAUCCCUUUCUGUGUAGUUGUAGGUUGGAUCAUGGGGAAACAAAUGGACUUGAAUUUUCAACUUUUCGAGACAGCUACACUGUUCAUAACAGUGCUGGUUGUGGCAUUUAUGCUGCAGGUUUGUUCUCUCAUCUUGAAAUUCUCGUCACUGCACUACUUGUGUGCGUUUAGUUCUAGUUGUUGUUGAGUCAUUCGUAUCUACUUAUGUACCAGAUGUUUUCUAAAGAUCUUGUUAGGAUAAUUAUUUUAGCUCGUCUGUUUUCUGUUCGGAAAACGUCUGCCCAGUUUAUGGCAGUACAUAAAGUUAGACGGUAAUAACAGUCCUCUUUCUGAAGGAGUAUACAUCCCAUGCGAUGGCUUUUUACCCAUGUAAAAGAUGCAGUGCAAAAUCUUCGAUAAGCCCACGAAGGCUACCUCCAUGACUGUAUUACUCUCUUACUGCAUUCGAUUCAUUUUGGGUGUAAUUACAUCUCUCAGUUUUGGGUCCAGAGGAGGUCUUUGCUCCUACCCCAGCUUGUAGUAUUUUCAAACUUUGACUAUCUAUAUAUAUAUAUAUUUGCUGUAUAUGUAUUUCUCUCCUUCCCAUUAUUUCAUGUUCUCUCUUUGGGUCGUUCUUUUAGAACUAAACUUCUUUAAGGCCCCCCUGCAGCUGCUGCAAUUCCUGAAUUUAUUGGCCAACGAUUCUAUUCUGGAAACACAUGAUUCAUGAAAUUAUUUGAAUUUUAACAAGAUGAGCUUAUCUCCUUUACUUGUACGAUCUGUAGGAAGGCACGGCCAAUUAUUUCAAAGGAUUGAUGCUUAUUCUGUGCUACCUAAUAGUUGCAGCCAGCUUCUUUGUGCAUAUAGAUCCCAGCAGUAAGUCGCCCUUCCUAGUUUUCUUCCCUACGUCGAACCAGCGCGCAGAGAUCAUUCCUAUAUGA